AGGAGGAAAAGGCUGGGCUUCGGCAACCUGCUGCUAGGAUUUAGACAAAGGAGGUUUGAGAGAGGCGGGAUCAGAUUCUAAUAUCAGCUCCAGGAGAGAGCCAGCUGCUGGGCUCCGGGAGAUGAAACGACCGGAAUUCACAGUGACUGGAGUAUGUACCACAGCGAGAGCUCCCAGGAAAACCUAAGUCUGGGGAGGGAUUUGCCAAGCUUGACGGACUUGGAACAUCGAGACCCUCUUUGAGGCAUGCCUCCGUCCAUGCGUCACUUCUUCAUAGUGUCUGUGACUACUGUCAUCGUCUUUAUUGUGCUCUACGUGUUAAGUUUUGGGGGAGAUCAAAGCUACCAGAAGCUGAACAUCUCAGACUCCGCGAUGCUGGCUCAGGUGUGCACAUCCUUCAUCAACGGGAAAAACCCGUUCCUGUGGAGAAACAAACUAAUGAUGCACGAGAAGCCUUCUUGCACCGAAUAUGUGACCCAAAGCCACUAUAUCACAGCCCCUUUAUCUCAGGAAGAGGUCGAAUUUCCUUUGGCGUAUGUCAUGGUCAUCCAUCACAAUUUUGACACCUUUGCAAGGCUGUUCAGGGCUAUCUUCAUGCCUCAGAACGUCUACUGUGUUCACGUGGACGAAAAGGCAACAGCUGAAUUCAAAGGUGCCGUGGAACAGUUAGUGAACUGCUUCCCCAAUGCCUUUCUGGCUUCUAAGAUGGAACCAGUGGUCUACGGUGGGAUCUCCCGCCUCCAGGCUGACCUGAACUGCAUCAGAGAUCUGUCCACCUCCGAGGUCCCCUGGAAGUACGCCAUCAACACCUGCGGACAAGACUUCCCCCUGAAAACCAACAAAGAGAUAGUUCAGUACCUGAAGGGACUUAAGGGGAAAAAUCUCACUCCAGGGGUGCUGCCUCCCGCUCACGCGAUUGGACGGACUAGGUACGUCCACCGCGAACACCUAAGCAAAGAGUUUUCCUACGUGAUCAGAACCACCGCUCUGAAGCCGCCACCUCCCCACAACCUCACCAUUUAUUUCGGCUCCGCCUAUGUCGCCCUGUCCAGAGAGUUUGCUAACUUUGUUCUCCAUGACCCACGGGCCGUUGAUUUGCUCCAUUGGUCUAAAGAUACUUUCAGCCCCGAUGAGCAUUUCUGGGUGACGCUCAAUAGGAUUCCAGGUAUGUGA